CUAACAAUGAGCAUCUCUACCCCCACAAAAUAUAAUCAGAAUCAUAAUCGGAAGUGUAAAUCCACCUUAAUGCCAAUUGCCAUGAAUAUAUGUAAUAUAGAAGAAGACAAUCAUAAGGCUUUCUCAAUUCAAAACCCAUUAUUUCCAUCCAAUUUUAGCCUUAAUUUUGAUAACUUAAUUUAUAAUCAAACCUUUCUUGACGUCGAAGAAAUAAAUUUUGGAGCACAAUACUUGAGCUACAUUAGCUCAGCAUCUAAUGAAGCCGAGGGGCAACCAGAGAAUCAAGUAGAUGAGAGGAAGCACCGGAGAAUGCUUUCAAAUAGAGAAUCAGCUCGGCGUUCGAGGAUGCGGAAGAAGAGGCAGAUCAAUGAACUAUGGUCACAUGUGUUGCGGCUAAGAACUGAGAACCAUGCUCUUAUAGAUAAGCUUGAGCAUGUGUCCGAAUCUCAUAAUCAAGUUCUUCAAGAGAACAUCCAGCUCAAGGAAGAAACUUCUAACCUUCGUCAGAUGUUGACGUACAUGAAACUCGACACUAAUGAUGUUCUACACAAUGCUUUGAGAUAUGUAGAAAAUUAAUUAUAGCCCUGUAACUUAUGUAGCAUAUACACUAGUUUAUGAGAAUAAAUAUUGUUCGCAAAUAUAAUGGUUACA